AUGGUGCAGGAAGACACAUUGGGGGCUGUGACUCAUCCGAGUGGUAAGACAGUUAGGUGUGUGCUCCCUGCAGAGGAAGCAGGGAUAGAGACCACACUCAUCUCUGCGGUAGGCGCGUUUUUCACGCAGUCCUGGCAGGAUCCCAGCGAGGUGCUGGAGCAGUCUGUACAAAAGGCGAAAGCUCAACUGGACGAGUGUGACAACCAGAGUGCGAAGUCUCCGAAGAUCACUAGCAAGAUUGUCGACAUGCUGCCUGUUCAGGACGACAUGGAUUUGCAUGAACCAGAGGUUCAGGAACCUCUUUGUGCUGAGGAACGUUUUAGGAGGGAGGCAGACCCAGUGGAUGAGUCUGAUGAAGAUGUGAAACGAGCACGGCUUCAGUCGAUGAAGCGCUCGGUCUUCAGGGUGGAAGUGGGGGGUACAAUCGUGGAACGGAUUGUACGUUACGCCCACGAGCUGUUUACGCACGCAAGUGUCAAGCCGUUGGACCAGCUUGUAUGCACGUUGUGGGGUUGGAGUGGCACCAUGGAGAUGUGCACUCAUGUGCGACAAAGUUGCGAUGCGUGUCAGGCAGAAGGAAUUGCUCCAGCAGCCUCCUAG